AAAAGAAAUGGAAAGAUAACACCUAGAUUUUUAAACACAUAAAAUUUUUAUUAAUUAAAAUCAAUUACACACCUAAAUGGUUAUUUGUAAUUAUUACUAUAUAUCACAUAAUAACCAUGGCUACGAUUACUCGUGGGAUGUGUGUUUUUAGUUAUCUUAAUAUGCUCCCUCGUCGUAUCGUUAAUUAUUCAUUUCAACCACAACAUGCUGAAAAUAAAAACAUAGGUAAAAUCGUACAUGUUGCGAUUGUUGGAGCCCCAAAUUCAGGAAAAAGUACUUUAAUAAACAAAAUAAUUGACCGAAAGAUAUGUGCUGCUUCAAAUAAAGUUCAUACAACUACCAAAUUAGUAAGAGCAAUGUGUUACUGCAAUGACACACAGAUUGUAUUUCUGGAUACACCGGGUGUUGUAACUGAUAGAGAACAAAAGAAAUACAACCUCCCACCUUCAAUGUUAGGAUCAUGUCACAAAAGUCUCAGAUGUGCAGAUGUAGUUGGUGUUGUUCAUGAUGCAUCAUGUAAAUAUAUCAGAGAAUCUUUACACAAGGAUGUUGUUGAAAUGCUGAACUCUGUACAAGAUAUGCCAAGUUUUCUUAUCAUAAAUAAGGUUGAUAAGUUAAGGUCAAAGAAGCAGUUAUUGACUUUAGUGAGGAAUCUCACUAAUGGAUUUAUUGCUGGGAACCCUAUUCCUGGUCCCACAAAUCCUAAUAAACAGGAGAGAGGCUUCAGUCAUUUUUCUGAUGUGUUUAUGGUAUCUGCUUUGAAUGGUGAUGGAGUUUCAGAUAUAAGGGAGUACCUUGUCAACAACGCCAAGCCCGGAAAGUUUCAUUAUUCAACUGAAGAAUGGACUGACCAAACGCCGAAAUCAGUCAUAGAAGACGCUGUGAGAGCGAAAUUCUUAGAUUUUUUGCAUCAAGAAAUACCAUACAAUUUGAAAGUGAAAUUAGAUUAUUACGAAGAGAUCGAUAACGAAGAUAAAAUCAUAUGUUCAGUAUCUGUAGAGUGUCCAUCAGAAAGGCUGAUGCGACUAAUAAGCGGCGCCGGCGGCGGCCGCCUCCAACAGAUAAAGUCUUCUGUUCGGAAUGAUUUGAUAGACGUCUUCAGGAAAACGGUGAUCUUAGACUUGCAAUUGCACGUGAAAAAUAAUUUUUUGUUAGCUAGUUAGUUCGCAGUGCUCCGAUUUUGUUAUGGCUUUUAAGAAUAGUUGAGAACUUAAAUAAACUUUUAUGUUAACCUGUGUAUUUUUUGUUAUGUUUUAUGGACUGGUAAUAGAUAUAUCCGUAACAAAUAUAAAUUUAAAAUCUGUUCACGAAUAAAGACGUUAUAAGCGAUUUACUUCAAACUGGACAGAAUCAAUUAAUUUCUAGAGUGACGUUCGGCUUUCAAGAGUUCAAGAUUACCAGACAAAUUAUAAGACUAGUUUCGAAAAAACAGUAUCUUCUCUUCAUUAUCUUUAAAACUUUAUACUUAUUUUAGAACUUUAUUCUUAUAGCAUACAUCAAUUUUGAUUAAAAAUAUUCU